AUGUACCUGAUCACCAUGUUUGGAAACCUACUCAUCAUCCUGGCCAUCACCUUGGACUCCCAUCUGCACACACCCAUGUAUUUCUUCCUCACCAACCUAUCUUUUUCUGACAUCUGUCUCACCUCCACCACUGUCCCAAAGAUGCUGGUGAAUAUGCAGACACAGAGCAAGGUCAUACCUUUUGAAGGCUGUAUUGUGCAGAUGCACUUUUUCAUAGUUUUGACUGGCUUGGAAAACUUUCUCCUGGCUGUGAUGGCCUACGACCGCUUUGUGGCCAUUUGUCACCCCCUGCACUACACAGUGACUAUGAACCCCUGGCUCUGCAUGUUGUUGGUUAUGGUGUCCUGGAUCUUAGGUGUCUUGCAUGCCCUGUUACAAAGCUUAAUGGUGUUGAAACUGUCCUUUUGUACAGAUUUGGAAAUCCCACAUUUUUUCUGUGAACUUAAUCAAGUGGUUCAACUUGCUUGUUCUGACACUUUUCCUAAUUAUAUGGUGAUGUAUGUUACAGCUGUGCUACUGGGUGGUGGUCCUCUUGCUGGCAUCCUUUAUUCUUAUUCUAAGAUAGUUUCCUCCAUAAGUUCAAUCUCAUCAGUUCAGGGGAGGUAUAAAGCAUUUUCCACCUGUGCAUCUCACCUCUCUGUGGUCUCCUUAUUUUAUUUUACAAUCCUAGGAGUGUACUUCAGUGCUGCUGCAACCCAUAAUUCACAUUCAAGUGCAACAGCCUCGGUGAUGUACAGUGUGGUCACCCCCAUGCUAAACCCCUUCAUUUACAGUCUCAGGAAUAAAGAUAUCAAGAGGGCUCUGAAAAGAUACUUGUGA